AUGGCUACCACGCAGACAGCAACUGUCGAGGCCACGGCCAAGGCCCCGGCCAAGGCCCCGGCCAAGACUCGCAAGCGAGCCCCCAAAGCCUCGUCCCGGGACCUGGCCAGUCGGGAACUCGCCGGUCUCGUUGACGACUCAUCACCAGAGGCCAUUGGCGAAGCGUCGCAACCAAAGUCGAUAGAGAACCAUGGCUCAUGCCACCACGAUCAUCAACCUCCCAAAACAUCCCAUACCAACAAUCCUGCGGCGACGAGCACCAAAGGAGCCUUCGCAAACACCUUUUCCGUCUCCAAUUCCUUCAACCCAUUACCAGCAACACAAUGGACAAGUACGUCAGAGCAGCCGCAAAAGUCCACCGUGACCUCCGACGUCACGUACUCCUAUUACCCCUUCCUCGCCAUUGGCAACAUUCAUUACAUUCCUCCCCAGGAUGUCAACUUCCUCGAACUUCAAGGCUGCCUGCGGAUGCCAACGAGGGCGAUCCUUGAUGAGUUUGUCCAGCAGUACUUCCUCCACGUUCACCCCAUGCUCCCGCUCCUGAAUGAAGGCGACUUUUGGGACAUGUACUGCAACGGAGGUUCAAAGGGCUUGCAACAAGAGCGAAUCUCGUUACUAGUGUUCCAAGCCAUGCUCUUUUCGACGGCUAACUUCGUCUCUCGUCAAUCGAUCAAGGCCCUGGGGUACCCGACCAUCCGCGCCGCCCGAGCAUCCUUCUACCGACGAGCCAAGCUCCUCUACGACCUCGAAACCGAAUCUUCACCCUUUUCCAUAGCCCAGGCCGCUUUACUCCUGACGCACUGGUCCGCACCGGCCUCGCACAGCUUCCGAAAACCGAACACACAGUGGCUCGCGAUCGCGAUCCAGAACGCCAAGACGGCAGAGGCCCAUCACUACGACGCCGCGCCCACCCACAUUCAGAACACGCUCAAGCGCUUGUGGUGGUGCUGCAUCACCCGCGAUAGGAUCAUGAGCCUCGGGAUCCGCCGGCCUCUUCAUAUCACGCGCGCCCAUUUCGAUUUUGACAAGAACAGCAUCCUCGGAUACGCCGACCUUUCGGAUGAGAUUGAGCGCUCGCGCGUCUACAACCCGGGGACGAAACGCUGCCUCGCAGAGAUAUUGGAGCAACUGGUCGAGCUUUGCGUCGUUCUGACAGAUAUCCUGAUCCUGGUGUUCCCCAUCGACGACAGCCCCGGAUGGGGCCGCGAACUCAAGACCGAGGAGCAAGACAAGCUUCGCGAGUACAAAAUCGACUUGCGCCGGUGGUACAAGAGCGCCACGCUGCGGUUUCCCAUGUUUGGCGGUGGCUCAGUCGCCCGCAUGAACGCGGGGGGCGGUGGAAAGGAGUUUCAACACGACUCGGUCAUUCUGUACACCAACCUAAUGUACAUGUAUUACCAUUCGAGCCGUGUCGUUCUCAGUCACCACGAAGUCCUUCACCUCGCCAUCACAGCUGCCGCGCCCUCCUUUAGUUCGAUCCCCUCCCGCGACCUGGCCAUCAUUGGCGAGAACCGCCACGAGCUUCAGGACGCAGCUUCGGGCGUCACAGAGUGUCUGAAGGAGCUCAUUCACCUCCGACUCGCCCGUUGGCUGCCCAUCAGUGCGGUAGCGUGUACGGCCCUGCCACUGGUCCUCCAUAUCCUCGACGUCAAGCUCUCCUCCUCCGCGCAAAGAUCGUCCGGGUCCUCGGCGAUUGACCCAAAUACGCAGUCCGCUCUGAAGCAGCACCGGCUCAACAUUCUAAUCGAAGCCAUGAAGACGUAUCAACCACAAUACGACGGCGUGGACCUGGUCUCGGAGACGAUCCGCCACAUUGUCAACCUUGCGCAAAUCGACCCGCCCGCCGACGGCGCAAACAACCAAGCAGACGGCUCGGCCAUUUCCGACUGGACCGACAUUCUGGCGUCCCAGCCAUCCUCCUACCUUCGCCUCGCCCUCACCAUGGAUCUCGCCCUCUCCAAGGGCCGCCUGCCCGAAGAUGGCGACUUUCCCGUCUCCCUGCGCGGCCUCUUCACAGGCGGCUUUAAUGCAUUGCGCACCCUCAUCGAGCAGAAGCGCAGCGAGGCAGCCACCGCCGCCGCCGCUGCUGCUGCAAUGGCCCAGAACCACGCCUUCUCCCACGCGAGCGCCCUCCACGCCGUCGACUUUGACGCAGGCACUCUCCGCCCGUCCCUCUUCCAUCUUCAGCCCGGCGUUGUGACAGCCGUUCACUCCGACGAGGAUACGUCGACGACAUCGCCAGCCUCGGCGGGCGAUCACUCGGUCGAGAGCACGACGGACGCGACGUCGCCCCACCAGGUCUACGAUCUCGCCAUGGACAUUGACAUGAUGGGCGGCGGCGGCGGCGAUGACAUGUCCUCGGACGGCAUCGCGGGUCUCGCUGCGGAGGUCAUGGCUGCGUUCCCCCUGCACGGCGUGUCGCCCAGUUCCGGGGGCGACUUUGACGGCAUGUACUUUGAUGGCUCAGAGCAGCGGGGGGAGGCGGCCGAGUGGAUGGACGGGGCGUGGGCGGAGAUGGCGGCGGGGGAGGAGGAGAGGACGGAUCGGGACACGGCGAGGGCAUUGCUCGAGGCGCUGAAGCAGGGCGAGGUUGGUGAUGUUGUGCUGUAA